AUGCCUCCAAAGGCCCCCAAGCCAAACGGCACCUUCACCUACUGCGUCGGCUCCAACCCGCCCUUCACGCCCGAGGAAUACGCAAGCGACCCUACCCGCCGCCAACGCGCCCUCGACCACCUGGCCAAGAACGACCUCUACGCCGCCACCGUCGUCACCUUCAACCUCCCCGAACGCGACACCUACGUCUACCACGCCAUGACGGCCGUCCGCCUCGCCGAGGUCCAGCGCGUGGUCAGCAUGGGCGGCGUCAACGGGUUGCAUGCGUGGUAUCGCGACGAGGAGGGGAAGCCG